CCCUUUUCUCCAGGAGACAAUACUCCAAUUCUCUGGGAAGUGGAAGAAACCAAACCGGAGUUGGGGGGCGCUGGGACCCCAGUGGAGAUUUCGGGGAGUGCGGAAGCAAAGGAGUAGCCCUCAGAGUGUUUCGAGUCCCUUGUCCAAGAGCGUCGAGAUGCCCUCCUCUCCAAACCCUUCCUGGACAAGGUUUCGGGUCUCAAGACUCCAGCUAGGGGAGUGAGUUCCCUGUUUUACGCCCCCCCCCCCCGGAGGUGGGGUUGGCUAGACCUGCCCCGUGAUGUCACCCCCCACACACGCACUCCAUCCCCCUCCCCCACCGCAGUUCCCAGUUUCCUUCCUCCCUCCCCCCUCCCCCCAGCUGGUUGCAUUGAGUUGCCUGGGCUUGGACUGCACUGUUAGCAAGAGUUUUGAGUGCUACCAAAGGAACUACUUCCCCCACCGUCCACCACCCAUGGUCGUCCCCCGAGCCGAGAUGCCACUAGGAGUCUAGGAAAGUGUCCCCAGGUCCAAGCAGGGUGGUUGCCCAACCCCCUCAAACUUCUGUGAAUAAACAGAAGAGCUGGUCACUUUGGCCAUGGAUCAAGCUCCACCCUCCUUGACUGUGACCUCGGACCCCAGACUCUUUAAUCAGCAACUCCCAGAGCCUCCAGAAGUACAAUGUGUCUUGGAGCCUCAAGACAACCCUGAGCUGGGUCCUGCGCUGGCCUGUGCUCUCUGCUGUUUUUUUGGAGUCAUCUACUGCUGCUUUGGCUACCGAUGCUUCAAGGCGGUGAUGUUCCUGUCCGGGCUGCUCUCUGGAGCCUUGGUAAUCUUCUUGUUGUGCCACAAGGAGCGGGUGCUGGAGACACAACUGAGCCUGGAGGUGAGCGCGGGCAUCGCGCUGGGCAUUGGCCUCCUCUGUGGGCUGGUCACCAUGCUAGUCCGAAGCGUGGGGCUCUUCCUGACAGGCCUCCUGCUGGGCCUGACCCUAGGGGCAGGCGCCCUUCUGGGCACUGAGCCCAUCUACCAACCACCCUCAGCUUGGGUGCCAACAGGGGGCCUGGUGGGACUGGCACUUCUAGGUGCCUUGCUUACCCUCCGCUGGCCCCGACCUUUCACCGUGUUAGGCACAGCCCUUCUGGGAGCGGCUGUACUGGUGGGCUGUGCUGACUACUUCCUGGAAGGGCUGGCACUAGGUGGGCGCCUGGGUCAGCGGCUUCAGGCAUUGCCUGCCCUGCCCCCCCUCUGCUGGUACAGCUGGGCCCUGCUGGGUGCCUGGCCUGCCCUGGGGGCACUUGGGGCCCUUGCUCAGUGGAGACUCACAGCCGAGGAACACAGAGGCCAUGAUGAUGCAGUAUUGAGUCAUCGACUAAAGGGCCUCCAGCUUCUUAGGAUCCGCCAGCAGGAGGCCAAGUGGCAGCAGAAUUCUGGGGCAGCAUCCAGUGAGGGCAGCUACCGUCGACAGGUCCCACACCGAUCCCGGAGCCCAGCUGACAGCCUGGCACCCAGCUAUCUUCAGAGUCUCCGGGAUCGACAGCUGGGGCCAAGCACUGUGGGUACUCCCCAUCAUGCCAUCCUGGACGUAGACUCUGACUGUGGUUCCACCGUGCCCCUCACCAUACCCACUCGCUCCAACCAAACCUGAGCCUGUACACACACACACACACAUACCCCCUCACACACACACCCUACACUUGUGCCUUAGAGAGAAGGUUCAGAGCACCAGGUGGUCAAUGCUUGGACAAAAGAGGUAGAAUUUUCCAACAAUAAACAUAUAUGGAAAUGCAUAUUUCCUCUGGGGGUGGAGGGAGAGGGCAUGAAAUGUAGUCUAGCCCAACCCUGAAGGAGAAUGUACCAGGGUGGAGCUGGGGACAGCUGGAAGGAGAUUGAAGGAGAAAGGGGGGAGUGGAAGAACCAAAUUUUCACCUCUGCUCAAAAUAUAGAGAUGGUCCUGGAAUUCCUGGAAUUCUCUGUCAAUCCUAAAACUCAAUAUUACUGCCCAACCAACCAUGACCCCAACCCUGGAAGGACCUUUCUCCCUUCUACAAUAUAACUUCCUUUUGUACCACCCAAAUUCUGUGCCUCAAAAUGGGAGUAUGGGGUAAAAGUUUUUGAAGAUCCUGUGAAAAAUCAGGGAAUCUCUAAAGAUUCUAAAGACAAAUAUAAUUCCUUUCUGGGAAGAAAGGGAAAGGAAGGAUCCCUUUUGGCUCUCCUUAACUCCUCAAAUCUCAGGCUAAUGAAGGGAGUGGGUUAUAACACUCAAUAUUCUUUUCUCCCCGACACUUCCAGUGCCUGAGCCCCAUUCCUACCUCAUUUGGGGGCUCUGUCCUCCCUGGUGCUUCCUCCUUUGCCUCCUCUCCUGCUUGUAUAUACUGGGUCAGAGUCCACGUAGACUCUGCCCCUUGCUGGCUCCUUUCGGUGAAGAGAAGGAGGCAGCUCUGGGGAAAGCUGCAGGAAGUAUAAGGGUGGCAAAAUGGGAGACUGACAGAUGCCAGCAGCCUCUCAGCCCUAUAGGACACUAACAUGCUAACUGCAUCUCCACUUCAGCCACUAACCCUGUCCUAACAUUUCCAGUCGGUUCUAGUGUCCAUAAACUUCCCCCCAUGACGUAAAGGAAUACAAAUGGAUACCAGGGCAGAGGGAGGGGAGAGAUAUUGAUGGUAUGUAAAUAAAAUGACAUUGAAGAUUGAA